CUGGGCUUUGCAGUUCUGGAUCAGGGUACAAAGAAAUUGCUGUCUCUCUCUUUAUGUUUGUUUGCAGAUGGGCCAUGCCUGGGUGUUGUGGGAGUCUGAGACGGAAUCUCCCAGCGAGUCAGAGAAGAACAGUGACUUCCAGUCGCUUCUCAGCUGGGAUUCAAGCUUGGAUCUGGACGUGGGGAGCUGGAGGAAUACUGAAGAGGUGGCCAUGGAGAAGCUAGAGGAGAGCAGCCGAGAGGCAGACUGCGAGCUGGAGUUCAGCGGGCCUCCCUGGGGGGAUGAUAGUGAAGACUACCAAAAGGCGCAGAGGCCAUGUGAAGACGACGGUCUUCUCCAGUUCUUCUCAGAGGUAGGGCUGCUUGGAUGAC